AUGUACAUGGGACGCAGCAUCGCCGCCUUUGCCGCCAUCGUCGUUGUGAGCACAAUGCCAGCUACCGCACAAAACAUGUCGUUUGGAGCCGACAACUUUUACCAAAGUGACAAGGUGUCUGCUCACCCAAUCACCUUUAAAAACCUGUACGGCAUGUCCAUUGCUGCCAACUUGUACAAAGGCAGCAGCAGCAGCAGCAACAGCUCCUCCUCCUCCUCCUCCAGCGGCGGCGGCGCACCCGCCAUUGUCGUCAGCCACCCAUUCGGCGCCGUCAAGGAGCAGAGCGCAAACCUCUACGCCCAAAAGCUGGCCGAGCAAGGCUUCGUCACCGUUGCCUUUGACCACUCGUUUUGGGGCGCCAGCGACGGCGAGCCGCGCAACUCGGUCUCGCCCGAUCUCUUUGUCGAGGCGUACAGCGCGGCCGUCGACUACCUCGGCACCCAAGACUUUGUCGACCGAGAGCGCAUCGGCGGCCUGGGCAUCUGCGGCAGCGGAUCCUGGCUCGUCAGCGCGGCCAAGAUUGACACACGCAUCAAGGCCGUGGCCACGGCGAGCAUGUACGACAUGGGCGCGGCCACCCGCAACGGGCUGCGGCACGCGCAGAGUUUGGAGCAGCGAAGGCAGAUUGCCGACGAGGCGGCGCGGCAGCGCUGGGUCGAGGCAGAGGGCGGUGCGCCUCGGUACACGGGCGGCACACCAAACGAGCUUACCAAGGACACGCCGCCUGUCGCUGCGGAAUUUUACGACUUUUACCGCACGACGCGCGGCGAGUUUACGCCCCCGGGCGCGUCCGAGGCGCUGACCACGCACCCUACGCUCGUGGGCUUUCCCAAAAUGUUUAAUUUUUACCCGUUCAACGACAUCGAGACAAUCUCGCCCCGUCCGCUGCUCUUCAUCUCGGGCGACCAGGCGCACUCGCGCGAGUUUAGCGAGGACGCGUACGCGCGGGCCGCAGAGCCCAAGGAGCUGUACUGGGUUCCGCGGGCUGGUCACGUCGACUUGUAUGAUCGGGUGCAGCUGAUUCCUUUUGAGAAGCUCACCGACUUUUUUCGGACCAGUCUUUAG